AUGUCCCUGGCUGAGCAGUCGCAGAAGUGGUUUCCAACCCAUGUCCAAGCCACCGUUCUUCAAGCAAGCGGUUUACAGCCCAAAGGCAAAAACGGCACCAACGAUGCCUACACCAUCAUCCAGCUGGGGAAGGAGAAGUACUCCACGUCGGUGGCGGAGAAGACGGCGAGCCCCGUCUGGAAGGAGGAGGCCUCCUUCGAGUUACCCGGCCUGCUUGUGGAGGGCAACCCUGAGGUGUAUGUGCUGUGUCUGACGGUGAUGCACCGGUCCUUAGUGGGGAUGGACAAGUUCCUGGGCCAGAAGACCAUCAACCUCAAUGAGAUAUUUGACAACAAGCAAAGAAAGAAAACUGACUGGUAUUCCCUGGAGUCCAGGCCCGGCAAGAAGAGGAAGGAGCGCGGCCGCAUCGAAGUCAGCAUCCAGUUCAUGAGGAACAACAUGACGGCCAGCAUGUUCGACCUCUCCAUGAAGGAGAAGCCGCGCUCGCCCUUCUCCAAGCUCAAGAGCAAAGUGAAGGGCCGCAAGAACGACGGCGGCUACGGCGACACGUCCUCGGCCAUCCUGCCCCGCUCCGCCGUGUGCGACCCGGAGCCCGGCGGCCGGCCGGCGGCCCCGCAGCCAGAGAGCAAGCCGGAGGCGAAGGCCAAGAGGCCCCUGCUGUCCGGAGGCCAGAAGCUGUCCGCGGCCCACUCCAUGUCUGACCUCAUCGGGGGACACGUACGGCCCAAACUCAACUCCAUUAACUCCGUGGAGGAGAGUGGUACAGGCGGCCCUCACAGGCGUUCCCAGAGCGAGGUGCCAGGAUACCAGGACGGAGGAGCACACAGCGACCCUUUCACUGAUAUCAGUGACACCCUGCCACAGAAGUAUGCCACGCUCCCACGCAACCGCAACCCGUUCGAAGGCGAGCGGGGCCAGCAGCCGUGGGACCGGGCCGAGCGGAAGGAGAAAAAGGAGAAGGUCAGCCUACUGGAACGCGUGACGGGAAAGAAAGAAGGCCGCAAGGCCGGCAACGGGGGCCGCUCGGGGAGUUCUGGAGACCUGCGCUCUCCCAACCCCUUCAGCGCCGACUCUGCAGCGGAGACCAACCCCUUCACCUCCGGCUACAAAACCAGCGACAAAAAGUUCCCCGGAAACCAGGACGGCGUCUUCGGCCAGAAGAAGAAGAAGGACUUUUUUAGCAAGAAAAACGACGCCCCCCAGGACAGCGCGGCCAACUACAGCAACCUGACAUUUGAGGAGGUCGUCCAGGAGCUCAUCAAGCAGAAGGAGGUGGUCAGAAAGAAGGACGCCCACAUCCGGGAGCUGGAGGACUACAUCGACAACCUGCUGGUACGCGUCAUGGAGGAGACGCCCAGCAUUUUACGGACACCCUACGAGCCAAAAAAGAAGGCGGGUAAACUUUCUAAGAAGUAGGGUUAGAGACGAGCGCUGGAGGAAAAGUGGCCAAUCAAGGGUUAGAGUCGCGGGAACAAAUAGACCAGAUCAGACUAAAGCAGCUUUAUUUAGUUUAUUUCUCUGUUUAAUCUGGAGGUCAGGUGAUUUUUUUUGGGGUACUGUUAAUGUGCUGCGCUGCUUUCCAAGGUACUGAAACAUGAACGAUUCGUCUGUUUUCUUCAAAGCAUCAGAUCAAGCCAGGAUUACGUUAAGCUACGCUGUCUGCUCUAGAUAGCUAAAGGGUUUUUAUCGCACACCCAGUCGCUCGGGGUCAGGGGGACGGCGACCUGGGCGCUGAGACGAAGCUGCUGCUGCUGCUGUGUUUACAAUCGAUUUUUAAACCUUUAGACCGGCAGCUCCUUCCCUCGGUUCAUAGAUAUCCUUAGACUGACUGGAGAGAUCCUCUUUCUUUAACUAGUGCAAUUUCUUUUCUCCCAAGAACAAAUAUUUUUUUUUUUUUUUUUUUUUAAAUAUCAUUAGUUGCUGGUUUCUUUUUUACGAGUUGUGAUGACGAUCAUUCAUUUCUGUCAGACCCAGAGUCUCGACUCGCCAACAGGAAGGUCCAAACUUUACUAACAGUAAGUGCAAUAUACCCGCUACUGAAGCACGACGCUUUAUAAUCUACUUCUCCUGUUUACAUUUGAACCGUGUGUCGGAGUUAAACUCGCCUCUUCCUGUUGGCCUGAGCGGAGGUUUUCGUUCCGGCCGCCGCCGCCGACCGGCCAGAGCGCUGCUGACGAUUGUAUUAACGCUACACGUGUGGAUCUGCGCUGCACGUAUCUUUAUUUAUUAGUGUUUAUAAACUCAUGUAGGUGUUGCUUCAAUCCAGAAAAACUCUUAUUCGUCGCGAUCUGAAUGCACAAACACGCUGAUUGGUGAGAGGUACGUUUUCAAAUCAAACUGCGUGUUUUCAAGGUGUUUAAAAAUGAAGUUUUGAGUCGGGAUUGGUCGCUUCUGUUUACGAUAACUUGGGGUGAUCUUUUAACACUAAGGUCGUGUGUUGUUUUUUUUUUCUGGAUUCUCUCACAUAAAUCUGGAGUUGCCACAAGAACAAAGAGUUCCUUGUUUCCUUUUAACUGAGCAAACGUACAAAAUAAGACAAAAAUAAUGUAUUCUGACCCUGAAACGGUACGUUGGCGGCAGCUCUUUGAAGGUAUUGCUGCUUCAGCCCCCGAGGUUUCAGCACCAGAAGGUUGCUGCGGCUGUGUUUGGUCCUAAUGGGUUAACUCGGCAAUCUUGCGUCAUGUAAAGCCUUUACUGUGCCUCAGUCUUAAUCUGCUUUUGCUCCAAACAUUCCUCACACUUACUUUAUGCCGGAUAAGACUUUCUGACUCUCUGAGUGCUAACCAGUUACUUGUUAAUUGUUAAAGGUAGACCACUUUUAGUUGUUUGACAGCCUGUUUGUCCACAUGUUGCUGUUUCAUCUCCUCGUUCCCGCCUCUGUGAUGAUAAACGUCAGAACAACACACUUGUUUUCAUGUUAAAACGCCUCUUUUUAAUGACGUUUGUCGGUUUCUGGUGAAGAAGUGUUAAACGAGCUACCAGUUUAGCCGCUCAACGACGGUCCAAACUGCGCCCUCCAGCAAAUGGAGCGGAUGCAGGCGGAUUCGCUUUUAGGAUGAUGUCUUCAAUUACAAAAAUAUAUUGAAUAAAAAACGUUGGUUACGCAAAGUAUUUUUCUUUUAUUAAUCAUAUUUUGUUUAGUUCUUUUUUUUGUGCUUUUGUUCUAAUGUCUUAGUACGUAGGACCACAAACAUUCUCUUGGGCUCGCCUAUUUAUUAACCUUGUUUAAACACAGCAAGAAGAAGAAGAAAGUUCUCCUUUGGUGGGAGUUGAGGACAAACAUUUUCUAAAUCAAAGCAGAAAAGGUCCCACCCUAAAAGUUGUGAAACUUGCACAUCCUUCCAACCUACGAGAAUUCGUUCGUAUCUACUUUGUCUAAUUAAGAUGUUGCAUGUUUAAUUUAUUGCUGAGAUGAUAAAAAGAAAAUGUUUUGGGUAUUUUUUAUUUUUUUUUUCUCGGGGCUGGGGGGGGUGGUAUUUUGGCCUCUGAGUGCUUUGAAGUUGCUGAUUUGGAAGUUGCUGAUUUGGAAGUUGCUGAUUUUAUGCCACGGUACAAAAAGUUUUGACUCCACUGGUCUACAUUGUUAAACAUAUCUUGUUUACAUUCAAACUGUAAUUAAUUAUCCCAUGUUUCAUCAAUGUGUUGAUAAUCUCUCAUACCUUGCAAAAGUAUUCACACCCCUGGACCACCCACCGGUCUGGGUGUCGGCGUAUGAGGGCGAUCGGGUGAAGACGUAAGAUCCAUGUGACCAGAAAUACUCCAUCAAUUCGGUCCUUUUCCUGUUUUAAAAUCACAAACUGACAUGUUUCAUUGGAGUUUUCUGUCUUAGACCAACUCAAAUUGUCAAGUGGAAGCAAAAUGAUGCAGAAUUUUAAAAAGUUUACAAAUAACCUCUGGGGAGUGUGCUGUAUUUUUAUUCAGUUCCCACAUUUUAACAGCAAGUCUUUAGGAGGAUCUCUUUUUUUUUAACACGUCUAGAAACUGAAAUGAUCUCAGACCAGACGAAGAGCGACUCAUCAUCAAUCUUCUACAUAUUCUGAGUCGGAUUUAAUCCUGGACUUUGACUUGGCCAUUCUAACACAGAGAUUUACUUUGAGCUAAACCACUGCAGCAUCUGGAUGUUUACAGUCAUUGUCCAGCUGGAAGGUCAGCCUCCAUCCCAGUCCAGUGUUUGCCUCCAUCUUCACAGAAGCUCUGACCAGCUGCCAUGUCACUGGUAGAGAAAAUCAUCCUCGCAGCUGGAUUCUGUCGCCAUCGGUCUUUCCUCUGUGGGUGUGGUGCAUUCUGGGUGCUUGUGGCACACACAACAUUCUGGAUGUGGGUCUCCUCUGACCAGAGCUCCUUCUACCACGUGUUUCUGCUGUCUCCUACAACAAACUACUGAGGUGGUUCAACACUCUUGGUUGUCCACCAUAAAGGCUUUUGGAGUGUCUGACUAACGAUAGAUAUUCCCACCUGAGCUGUGAUGUCUGCAGCUCCUCCAGAGUUACCACGGGGUUAGGUGAUAUGGUUGGCCCAUCUGUUUAGGUGAGCAGAUGUGCCUCUCUUCGAUGCCCAUUAGUGGAUUGACCUCAUUUCUGUCAGAUGGUCAAAGCUUGGAGUUUUGUUCAAGAACCUAAACCCGCUUAAAACAUUUCCAGCACUUCCUCCCUGACCGUCUGCUGGGUUCCUUGGUGUUCACGAUGCUGGUUGUUCUCUAACGUUCUCCCUGGAACCUCUGUCUACAUUUCUACUCUGAUUAAAUUACACAUAUCUGGAAUCUCUGAGGCUGGAUUUUAUUUAAAGGCGCUAGAAUAAAAAGGGGUCUGAAUAUAAAUACAUGCAACAGUUUUCAGAUUUUUAUUCAAUCAGUUUUCAAUAUCAUUUUCCUUCCACUUCAAAAUGUAAAUAGUUUUUUUGUUUACCUCUAAAAUAAACAUGUUUGCAGUCAAAAUGUGAGACUGUUGAAGGGGUGUGAAUACUUCCAUGCCACGGACCACCGCGUCCUGUUUUCUUGUAUUUCUCUGCACGUUUACUGAUGGUUUAAAGCAAUAUUUCACUCUGAAUGUCCACCAGUACAAACAUUUGAAUGGUUUUUUAUUGCAAACUGUUAUUUUCUGCUGCUGUGAAGUAUUUCUACUUUUUUUUUUUUUAGACUUGAGGCCAAAAUCUGGGUGUAAUGAAUGUAUUCUGCUCCUGUUUUGUAAUGUGGAAAACACUACGAAGGCCAUGGACCCCUGCUUGCCUUUAGAGCUCGGUGAUUUAUCCAAACGCGCUCGCUCUGAAUUCAGACCCUUCAUUCAGGACCGUUCAGGAGCGAGAUUCUGCUGAAACAGACUUUUUGUAUUUUCUGAUGCCAAAAAUGUUGCAGUGGGUGUAUCGUGUGACGCUAAUCUGCCUGCGCUCCAGUUAAGGUGUAGAUUUUUUUUUUUUUCUGUGUGUGUGUGUCGGUAGUUUUCCAGAUGUUUCAUGGGCCUUUCUGAUCUCUUGAUACUUCCACUGUACAUACAGUAUUUUGUAGAUGAUGAUUUGUAAUUUAACCUUUAAAGUUUGUCAUUCCUGGGGAGGUGUUUUUUUUUUCUAAACACCGCUGUGGGUACAUUUCAAAAGAUGCUGUAAAGGUGACUUAUAUAGAUGAGUGCGUAAUUAAUGACUGUUGAAGCGAGGCGGGAGAUCAGAAUAAAGCUCCUGGUGACGGUGGAACAGGUUGUUUACCCACACGAUCUCCCCCCAAAGCCUGAUUGCUUUGCUUUAAUGACAGAAUAGAAAAGGUCUGACAACGUUUAAUGUAGAAUAAAUGCGGACCCCGAGGUUAUUUAGUUCAAAUGAAUGCUGAGGGGGGUGUGAGUAGUUCAAAUUAAUUAACUUUGCCUGUCAUUUCAGGGUUUUUUUUCUUAUUCUUUUAGCUCGAUUAUUGCGUCGGCUUUAUGCUUUGGCAUAAUCGGGUGCUUUUUUGUAGAUGUCAAACCAAAACACAAAUCUGAAUGUCAUUCACUCUGCACAGCGGCGGAGAGCAUACACUGUGCAGGGAAACGGAGCCGCUGGUUUAUUUUCAUUUAUUGUUUCGCUGUGUGGCGCCGCGUCCUCUCCUCAGCGUCAUUUCUUGGCACCUCCGGUUGGAGACGUGUACAAAGCCUUAAAAUAAAAAUCAGAUGCAUAAUCUCACACGCAUUUGACUUGGAAGACAUGUCUAAUUUGCUUUUGGUUUAUUCCGAGCACAAAUAUAAGCGUUGGCAAGAGAAAUCAGGUUAAUUGUUCAGAUUUCCAGCGUUCCUAACACUUCCUAUAAACUUAAGUGGUCGAUAGGUGAGAGGCACCCUGACAGGUGGCCUGUCCAUCACAGAGACACACGGGAUAAACAGCCAUGCACAUAUUCACACCUAAGGGCAAUUAAUAGACACCAAUUAACCCAUCAGUCAUGUUUCUGGACUGUGGGAGGAAGCUGGAGUAACCCUGAGAGAACCCACACAUGCACAGGGAGAACAGAUCAACUCCAUUCAGAAAGGCUGGGAUUUGAACCCAGGACCUGCUCGCUGCAAGGCACCAGUGCUACUGACUGCACAGACCUUUUUAACUGAAGCGUGCUUUUGUAUUUAAACCGCUGACCAGAGUCGUCUAAAGUAAAGAUUUCCUGUUUCUCUGGCUAUAAAUAAAAUGUAACAAAGUUUGGUCGGUUGUUAUCACCAUCUGCUCAAAAUGGGGAAGACAAGAGAACAUGUGACCUUAGUGAUCCAGCAGACGUCUACCAGAAAAGAAACGCACGUGGAAGAGGGAGGAGCCUGUUUUUGAUGUUUAUUUUAAGUCUUUUUACACAGAUUCCUGACGGGUGCCAAUAAAUGUGAACGUCUGAUUCGCCCCCGUCGUCAUUGGGUCUGUGUUUGGACGGGUGGGUUUGGGGGUACGGGCCUAAAACUGUUUGUCAUAUGAUGACGAAACGUCUUGAAGGUUAGAUGACAGUCUUUUCGGGGCGAUGCACCCGUUGUUGCACAGCUAAGCAGGCCCUGAAAUAACUGCGUUCCUCUAGUCGGAGGACGGGAUGUUUACGGACGCCGUGGCGGAGACGAACAGCAGCAGAAACGUUUAACUGCACUGUCAGUGUUUGGGGCUUUACAAGCAACAGUUCAUCUUCUUCAUCCAUGAUAAGCAAUAUAAUAAUUACCCGUCUGAGUGUUUUCUGUAUGAAAUGGUGUGAACACAUGACGUCUCCCUGUUUUUUUUUUUUUUUUUUUUUUUUUUUGCUUUAUAUUUUGGGCUGAAAUAUGCGGCGAACCUUUUGAUGAGGAUGACAUAAAGCUGAAUUUUGGAUCUCCUCCUCCUCCCCCGGGGAGUCUGCUGCUGAUACGGUGAUGCUGCUUGCCACAGGCCACAUGCAGCUGGCAGACACUAAGCUGCAGCUAAAUCCUCAGACGGUCCGUGUAAUGUGGCACGCUGCGUUCGUCACAGCUCCUCCCAGAUCUCCGUCAGGUUCACCGUCCGAACCCCGGUCGGUCUGGUUUGGGGGGGCCGCCAUUGUUAUGUUUUUAUUUUUUUUUUCUGAUCGGUACGCUAGUUAUAGAUGGAGCUUGAAUGUCAUCCCUGCAUGUCUGUCACGUGUUUUUGUAAGGCGCACACCUGCCGGGUUUGAUGGCUUUUCUUGGACUUGAAGCCUCUGUUUUCCCUAAACUGGGUUCGCUUUUAUGAAAUGUAACCCAACCCAGCUGCAGCUGAUGAAACUCUGAGCUGGUGGACUAGUUUGGAGAUAAAUUAGCCUUUCUUUUUUCUUUUUUUGAGAACUUUUUACACCAUUAGCAGUAUGCAACAGCUCGUUUCGGGGACAGGAACGCAGACGCACGGCGAGCUGCUGGGAGCGACUGACAACCGUGUCGCAGGUUGUCUGCCAAGUGCCAUGAAAGUCUUUCUGAAGAGGCUGCUGGUGUUUUUUUUUUUUUUUUUGCUGAUGUUCGCUAUUUCUUCACGUGCUUUAGAUCCUGCCACCUCCUGGUCCUAUGCCCGUCUUUCACUGGAUGUAGCUUGAACACCACAGGGAAGAUUGUUAAUGUUUUCAAUAAAGUCACUGGAAAGAUAAA